GUUAUCAUUGAAGUGACAGAGAUGUUGCACAAUGCAAGCCUACUUGUGGAUGAUAUUGAAGAUAACUCAAAGCUGCGACGGGGCUUUCCUGUGGCACACAGUAUCUAUGGAAUUCCAUCUGUGAUCAACUGUGCUAAUUAUGUAUAUUUCCUUGGUUUAGAGAAGGUUUUAACCCUUGAUCAUCCAGAUGCUGUUAAAGUUUUUACCCGUCAACUUCUGGAACUCCAUAAAGGCCAAGGCCUGGAUAUUUACUGGAGGGACACCUACACCUGUCCUACGGAAGCUGAAUAUAAAGCUAUGGUAUUGCAAAAGACAGGUGGUCUCUUUGGACUAGCUGUAGGCCUCAUGCAGCUGUUUUCAGAUUACAAAAAAGACUUAAAGCCGCUUCUUAACACACUUGGCCUCUUCUUCCAAAUAAGAGAUGACUAUGCCAACUUGCACUCCAAAGAAUAUAGUGAAAACAAGAGUUUUUGUGAAGACUUGACUGAGGGCAAGUUCUCAUUUCCAACCAUUCACGCAAUUUGGUCAAGACCUGAAAGUACUCAGGUGCAAAACAUCUUACGUCAAAGGACAGAGAACAUAGAUAUAAAAAAAUACUGUGUACAUUACCUUGAAAAUGUGGGUUCCUUUGAGUACACUCGGAAUACACUGAAAGAGCUUGAAUCUGAAGCCUAUAAACAAAUUGAAUCACUUGGGGGAAACCCUGAGCUUGUAACACUAGUUGAACAGCUGAGCAAAAUGUUCAAAGAAAAUGAAAAUUAAGAAUUUAACUCCUGAAUUAAAAUUUUUUGAAAUGGGAAAAUGGCCAGACUGAGAGGUGCAAUAAUCAGUCUCACUUUAAACUCUCUUGUAGCCGUGUUAUAGAAAUAAAUGUUAAAAACAAUUUGUUACCAAGUAUUGAAAUAUAUACCCUAUUAUUUAGACAGUCUUAACUGUAAAUGCUUACAGAUGGCUUUGUUAAAGCAGAUGUACUGGAACCGAAACAAAUUUUGAAUCUAAAUGUGAUCACCUUUACACAAUCAUCAGCAUU